CUUGAAUACUCCGUAAUAUCCAUCAUGUUUCAAAAGGACCUCUGUCAUCCCCAGCUCAUCAUCAUCUUCUCUUGCUUCUCUCUUCUUCGACUGUAUUUUUUUCCCGGCGGAGUUGAGCUCAAGUACUCCGUACACAAGAGCACGAACAACAACAAGCAAGGUAUUCAAUCCCAACCACAACCAUGGCCCCAAGCACGUCAAUCACGAGUAUUCUCCUUUCCACAGCCUUGCUGGUGACCACCACCAAAGCAAGCUGGGGCGGGUUCGGCAGCGGCAAUGGGGACAAUCCCUGGUCUAAUGGCGACAACAACAACAACGACGGUGGCGGCGGCGACGGCAACGGUAACAGUGGCUCAUCGUCAUCGAGCGGCUCUACAUUCGGUCAAGGCUCUCUUUUCAGUUCAGCAGGCGAAUUCGACAAAGCCACACACAUCCUCAUCGCCCACGCGGUCCUGGCGUCGCUGGUUUGGGUCCUGUUCAUCCCAUCCCUCGCCAUCCUACUCCGGCUGAACAUCAAGAACCCCAUCAUCUUGCGCAUCCACGCCGUCGGUCAGGUCCUCAGCUACACCCUCUUCAUCGCCGCCGCGGGGUUAGGCAUCUGGCUCGCCGAGCAAUUCAAAGACUACGGCGUUUGGAACGACCCUCAUCCUCGCAUGGGUCUGGCCGUCCUCGCCCUCGCCUUCUUCCAGCCCAUCUUGGGCUACGUCCACCACCGCAUCUACAAGAAACGCGCCGCCAAAGUCGAAGCCCGCCAACGCACCAAGGCACCCGGCAGGACCCCCAUAGGCCGCACCCACCUCUGGCUCGGUCGCAUCCUCAUCGUCCUGGGAAUCGUCACGGGGGGGCUGGGUAUCAAGUUGGCGUCGGAAAGCCCAUUCCAGACGGACUCGCAGAGCAGGACGGCCAAGAUUGUAUACGCUGUCAUAGCCGCCGUCAUGUUUGCCUCGUACCUCUUCUUCGUGGUCGCCUUUGAGAUCCGUCGGGCGAGGCACGUCGGUCAGGAGCGACAGACCAGAGGCGACGCCGCCGCGGCCAGGAAAGAGACAGGCCCCCUACCGUCAUACGACGAGAGUGAAGAGUCCCUCGGCCGUUCGACUCGAUACCGAUAG